UAAACGCAAUUACACACUCCCAUGAUAUCACCUGCUGGGUGUGGCACAGCUCCAAUACAGUAAAUCUUGGGAGCGUUACCCGUCACCUUUUUGUCUUUUAUUUUUAAAAACAGCAGCUUCAAUUACUAUGAUGUCUUCCAAAAGAUUGAAUAGAAUUGCACAUGAUGGAGAAACCUGACCUAGAACGUCUAAAACGCAGCAGCUUUCGCGCUCAGGCAUUCAUCUGCACUGGUGAAGUAGCGCAUGCUCCGUACGAGAGGUCCAGCUGGAACCCUUGCCGUCAUCUCCCAGCAGCCUUUGUGUAAUGCCGCGCAUGCGUACUGCUGGUUGGGAACGGCAUUCUUCGACGAGGGAGUGUUAAAAGUUAAAAAGUGUCCUGGAUGAAAGAUUGAUCAAUGUUUCCGGCUCGGGGUCACAACACUGGUUAGUCAGUGAUCCCGGGGCGCAAUUUCUCUCCCUGGCUCAGUUAUUGAUGAGAACAAGGGUCAUGUUUUGAUCAUUAACUGGUGAAUUUGCAUUUAGCACAGUCGGUAUUCUGGUGCCUUAGUCAAUAUGGGAUUUGGAAGUGAUCUUCGGAAUUCCCAUGAGGCCCUGCUAAAACUGCAAGAAUCUGAGCUUAAAGUCUUGGAGACAUUGAGGAAGUUUAUGUCUUUACGAGUUAAGAGUGACAAAGAAUAUGCAUCCUUGCUACAGAAUGUUUGCCAACAAGUGGAGAAGCAUGAAACAUCUUCUCCUGUGGAUACUCUAAGUAAUGUCUCCAAGUCUUGGGCCUGUAUGGUACAUCAGACAGAACAGUUGAGCAGAAUAAUGAAAACACAUGCUGAAGACCUGAAUGUAGGGCCCUUGUACAGAUUGACAAUGAUGAUCAAAGAUAAGCAGCAAGUCAAGAAAAGCUAUCAAAGCAUGCAACAACAACUGGAAGCUGAAGUGUACAAGGUAACAAAGACUGAACUUGAAAAGCUGAAGUCUGCCUACAGACAACUAGCUAAAGAAGCCUCCACCGCCAAGGAAAAAUAUAAAGAAGCUCUUUCAAAAGGCAAAGAGACAGAAAAAGCCAAAGACAGAUUUGACAAGGCCACCAUGAAACUUCAUAAUUUGCAUAACCAGUAUGUGUUGGCAGUCAAGGGAGCCCAACUACACCAGGAACAGUAUUAUGAUAAAGCUCUUCCUUUACUGCUAGAUUCUCUGCAGAAGAUGCAGGAGGAAAUGAUUCUUGCAUUAAAAGGAAUUCUAGAAGAAUAUGUAAAAAUAACCAGCCUUGUGACAGAAGACAUAAUAAAUAUCCACAAAGAUGUCCUCAAUUCCAUUGAGCAAAUCAACCCCAGCUCAGAGUACAACCACUUCAUUGAAAAUCACAGGUCACAGCCAGUUAAGGAGCCAAGUAUUGAGUUUGAUGUCUUAUUGCUGGAGGACAUGGAAAACCUUCAAGUCAAUGAGAUUUUAUGGAACAGUUUAACAGCAGAGAGUUUACAGACAAUGCUGAAAGCAACAACUGAAGACUUGAUCCAAACUCAACAAACUAUUACCAGCAAGGAAGAGAUAAUGAUAGAACUGGAGAAAAAAAUUGAGGAAACUGCAAUGACAUAUGAAAAGAAAUCUGACAUUGUGUUACUGCUGAGCCAAAAGCAGGCUUUGGAGGAGCUAAGACAGAAUGUGCAACAGAUGAAGUGUUCUGAGGCUAAACUCUCUGCACAGAAGGAUCUGUUGGAUCAAAAGGUUAAAGAGAAUGAUGGGAAGGAGCCACCACCUGUACUAGCCUAUGAAGACGAUGCAAGAUCUAUUACAUCAAUGGACAAAGGAAAAGACAAGGUUUCAAAAUUUGACUCCAUUCGACACUCCAUUGCUGGAAUGAUAAGAUCGCCAAAAAAUUAUUUGAGUUCAUCUUUCUUUGAUGUGAUGCCUACCAGUGAGAAACCAUUAGCAGAACAAGAUUGGUAUCAUGGAGCAAUUCCUCGGAUAGAAGCACAAGAGCUGUUGAAACAGCAAGGUGAUUUCCUGGUCCGAGAAAGCCACGGCAAACCUGGUGAAUAUGUUCUUUCUGUUUACUCAGAUGGACAGCGCAGACACUUUAUCAUCCAGUAUGCAGAUAAUCAGUAUCGAUUUGAAGGAACUGGAUUUCCAACAAUACCGCAGCUUAUGGAACAUCAUUAUUCUACAAAACAAGUGAUCACAAAAAAAUCAGGAGUGGUGCUAUUGAAUCCUGUUGUUAAGGACAAAAAAUGGGUCCUUAAUCAUGAAGAUGUGACACUUGGAGAAUUGCUUGGUAAAGGGAAUUUUGGUGAAGUUUUCAAGGGAACAUUGAAAGAUAAAACUCCAGUGGCUGUGAAAACAUGCAAAGAAGAUUUGCCGCAAGAGCUGAAAAUUAAAUUCUUAUCAGAAGCAAGGAUACUCAAGCAGUACGAUCAUCCAAACAUUGUCAAACUGAUUGGUGUUUGUACCCAAAGGCAGCCCAUUUACAUUGUUAUGGAGCUAAUACCAGGUGGUGAUUUCCUUUCAUUUUUACGGAAGAAGAAAGAUGAAUUAAAGAUGAAGCAACUUGUGAAGAUGUCUUUGGAUGCUGCUGCUGGUAUGGCUUAUCUCGAAGGAAAAAACUGUAUUCACAGAGACCUUGCUGCCAGGAACUGCCUUGUAGGUGAAAAUAAUGUUCUUAAAAUCAGUGAUUUUGGCAUGUCAAGACAGGAAGAUGAUGGAAUUUACUCAUCAUCUGGCUUGAAGCAAAUUCCAAUUAAAUGGACAGCUCCAGAGGCUCUAAACUACGGACGAUACAGUUCAGAGAGUGACGUGUGGAGCUAUGGGAUACUCUUGUGGGAGACAUUCAGCUUGGGAGUGUGUCCGUAUCCUGGAAUGACUAAUCAACAGGCACGAGAACAGGUUGAAAAAGGUUACAGGAUGUCACCACCGCAGAAAUGUCCAGAGGAAAUAUAUACCAUAAUGCUGAAAUGCUGGGAAUAUAAACCAGAAAAUCGACCAAAUUUCAGUGAUGUGUACAAAGAACUCUUAUGCAUCAAGAAGAAGAUAACGUAGUAACACAAGGAGUAAAUGCUGACUGUAGGAAAUUCAGUAUUCAGUUAUUGCAAAACAUCAGGAGUCAUACAGUACCAUUUUUGCUCCGAUAUAUUGUAUUUAAUGUGAUGUACGUUUGUUAUAUUGCAUCAGCAUUUUUUGUUGCAACUUUUAAGUAUUUCUUUCCUGUUUUGUUUUAUGCCCAUAAAUAUUUGUAAGGUAUAUCAAGGAGAAAAGGCUUCUCAAAGCAUUAAAAAAAAAAAAUUGCGAAAACACACACCUAACUAAGAAGCAAAGUUCUCUGGUUGCCAUUUUCAUAAAAUGUAAAUAGAGCACAUCUGUUUAUGGUAUGUUUAUUUGGUGCUAUUGAAAUGCAAUACAAGAUUUUCUGUGGCGCUGACCCCAAAGCUGAUGAUUUUAAAUUAUUAUUGUCAGACUCAAAAAUAUUUACUAUAGACAACCAGGAAAAUAUGUUCCCGAGACAGUGAUUGUUUCCACGUAUUUUCAAGAGCACUGAACUGGCCAGAUUGACCAUAUACCAGCAAGACAUUUCUUUAAUUGUUUGCUUCAAUGAUCACUUACGUACACAAUUUUUUUGGGUUGCUACUAUUGAAGACAUCAAGAUCAGCCUUCUAUGAUGUGUUUGAGAUUCCAAAGUACUGUACUGGACAAUGCAAGUACUCUCGCUUUUUUAAAUGAAAAACGUUAACACUUUUUUGUUUACUUCAGUUUUGAGAUCUAUGAUCUUAUUGAAUUCAAAAUGCACCUUGACGUCUGACUACUAAAAUAUUUAAAUAUUUUGCCAGCAGCAGUAGGCACUUGACCAAGGUUUAGCAGGAAUCAGAUUGUUUUGCUGUCCAUAUAUUGAUGCAAAUAAGUUAACCCUUUGAAUAUUAAGUGAUGUCUCCAGUUUUCAGAUAAUCUGAAAUAAUUAUUUCCUCUAAUUUCUAAUGACAAAUUGAAAUAGGAUCAGAGAAGCGUGCCAGAUGCUGCUGCUUGUGUUAUUGCUCAGAAAUAACCUUCCAAAUUUGAAGUAUUGAUUUUAAUGAUAGAAUAUAAUUGCAACACUCAAAAGAUCUGACAGAAGCUAAAUAGCUAGAUGUAUUUUGGUUUAUCACAAUUUAGAAAGGACCACUUCAUGUCAACACUAUUCCAGAUUCAGUGAUGACAUGCGCACCACUUUUGGUUAAAUUGUAUAUAUCCUAUCAUUAUCAAGGGGCCUUAGGUUCAUAUGCAUGUUAAAGCAACAGAAUCCUCCAUAACUAGCAUUUGUUGCUGAUGUGCAGGCAUGUCCUGACAGAGUGCAAAAUCAAGUGGAGAGCAUUCUGCGGGAAUGGGUUUCAUCAGCUCCGUUGCUGAGGCAAAGUUUUCAAUGUGAAAUAAUGCGGCCAGCACAAUGACACCCACUUUUGACAUGAAUGUGAGCAUUAGCUGAUCACAAUAGACCUUGAGAAAGGGCUUGUAAUGAAAUACGCUGUUUCAAAGCGUAAUAUGUUUAGAUGUUUGAUGCAGCGCUUUAUGGUUGGUUCCAAUUUAUAUUUUCCACAUUGUCACACUGUCCAAGAGAACGUUUGUUUCAGAAAAUAAUGCUCUGAUAAAGGAUCACUAGCGUGACAGUGAAUCAGCCUCAUUCAUUCACUAGAUUCACAAUUGGAUCCCGUGUUUCACUAAUCGUGGAUUGUUAUAUGUUUGCCCAUUUCUGAAUCCUUUUCUAAAAUUUUGAUUGAAGAUGAUUAUAGUACAUUGAUCUGUAGCAUUCUCUGUAUUUGGAAUGUAUGACUAAAGCCAGACUGAUUUGCAGGAAGAAACGUGAAACAAAUUGAAAUCCUCUGUUGUGAAUCAUGAUCUUAAUGGCAAUGUUUGCAAGAGUCCCAACUGUUUAGGUUUAAUAUUUCCAUGGUUUUGUUUUUCAAAUUUGUUUACAAAGUAUGAAUUGAUGUAUCGGUUUGUUUAAUAUGUUUAGUCAAUUUUGAUUUUUGUUGAGUUUCGAAUUUGCAGAAAAUGGUACAAUUUACAGUACUCCUAAAACUAAGCCCAUCUUGUAAACAACAGUACAAUAUAUAGGAAUUUUAUGGAUUCAGAUGUGAGGUUAGUACUGUGUUAACAGAAACUAAACAAGCUGUGCAUUGUAUAUUUUAAGUACUUUGCACAGCAUGCAUUUCAUAACAUUGUUUAACAAAGUUUCUACUGAUUUUUAUUUGAAGUGUUGUAGCCAAUCCAUUGCAAGUGCUUUUGUUCCAAAAACCAAUCAAGUUUAUGUUUAUGCUCAAUAUUUCCACAGACAGUAAAUAUUUAAUUGCCUGCAUUUCAGUGUUUUAAAGCAAAUUCAGCAUUAAGAAUGGACAAUAGAUGUAUGGCAAGUUCCACACAAAAUGUUUGUGCUGUAAGAAUGUUAAAUAUUUACAGGAUUAUUGGUAUUUUCAAACUGGUGAAGUGGAGCAGAGUUUCAGCUUUAUCGGUAAAUUGUGCUGUCAUAUUACAAUUGUUUCUUUGCAAACUGAGUAUUGUUACUGUAACGUCAGUAAAUUUCUUGGGUUUCAAAAAUGGUUUUGUUGUGAAAAUAAUUCCUGAUUGAUCAAAACUGCAGUAAGGAGGCUUUGAUUUCAUCAUGGAUAGUGUACUAUUAUACCAUGCUUCCAUUCUGGAGUGGUGGGUGAACAAAGUCUUAAAAUAAAUGUUAAUUCCAUGAUACCAGCCAAGUAGUCACUUUUGAACUGCCUAAAUGGCAUAAUUUUAAAAAGGCCGUCACUAAUUUAACUGCUUUUAAAUAUAUUUAAAUUUACAUUCCGAAUUCCACAAUAAGCCCAUCAUAGAAUUAAACUGUGUACUUUGAACUUCAUGUGACAUUUUGUAGCAAUAAAAUGCUGUUCUUAAAUAUCCACAGCAUUAGAAUCCUAAGCAAAAUGCUGUGUUCUAUAGUAGAUUUGUCUAGUGAGAACUUAAGUAGUCUCAUGAACAGGUAAAAAUAUUUUUAGUAGAUGGGACUGAUUUUGUUUAAAAUCUGUAAAGAUUGUUGAAAUUUUAAUUGGGGGAAAUAGUAAAUAUAAACUGGAGAAAGAAGGUUUGGGAGAUUGCAUAUCAGAGUGCCAUACAUGUUCCAUAAUAUGUCACCGCUCGGAUGCAUGUAAUUUUUUUUUUCAAUCUUUUGUUUGAGUGGUACAGGAAAUUAAUGCAGUGAUCUCUCAACAAAGCCACCUAAAGCUGAAGCCAAGCCAAAUUAAUGAAUAAAAGCUUUCCUGUAUAUGCUGUCUAAAUGCUUUUAUGUGGCAUGAGUUUGAAUUGCACCUUUAUUCUGGUUAGCACAAAUCCAAAUAUUUUAGCGUCAAUACUAUUGCGUUCAUUUAACAACAUUACAAAGAAUAGGCCUGCCCGUUCUCCUGAUGUAUGUGUGACCAUAUAUAAAAACAGUGCUUUGGCUUUUUUUAAUCAGUGUUUCAUUGUAAAGAUUAAUCUCAACUAAUGUCCCAUUAUUCUCAAAUUUCAUGCUGCCGUAAGACAAAUGAUAAUAAGCCUUCAAUUUUCUGAUCUGUGCCAUACAUAUUGCUUUUAUAUGAAGAAAAUAGUUGUUCUCUGCCAUUUAACUUGUAAACCCUGCCAGUAACAAUGAGUGAAACAUCAAAUUGUGCUGUGCUUUUCAAAAGCUCCAGUAGUGUGCCAGAAUAAAGACUGAAAUUUUGAUUUUUGUUAAUAUAUAAAAGUGCACCUUUUCUUUUUCCAAUGUUAAGCUUCUGUUUUUAAAGAAAAGACAUUUUCAACACUGGAACUAAGUGAUUCUUUUAAAUGCCUUUGACAGAAAGUUUAAGACUAAAAUAUACUUUUAAAAGUAAAUGUUCACUUUAAAAUUAAAGUUUUACUUUUAAGGAUGUAUAUAUAUUUCUGCCCCAAAAAUAAAUGAAAAUCAGGCUGAAUUCUGAUGUGACCAUUGGGGGAGUAAUGUUCUAAAUAUCAUAGACAGAAAUACUUGUCUUUUGUAAUUUUUAACACAAUACUGUGUUGUAACAUUUAUUUAUUUUGUACUUUUUUACAUUGAAUUUACAGGGAUUUUGAAACGACUUUUCCAGUUAUCACUUUCUCUGUAUUCUGUGCUCUUGUGAAUUGCGGACUUGUUUUAAACUGCUUCUGUUAUAUUGGACCAAAUACCACUAACAAGUCUGUUGUUGAUAUUUAUACUGUAAUCUCUAAUAAAUAAAUGGUCUGUCA